ACUGACCGCCGGUUAUAUGUAUAGGAAAAAAUUGUUCAAACUGUUGAGCUUUAUACAUAUUUCAGAUCAUCGAAACCAAAGAAGAUGCUUUUCAUCGACAACCUUGACGGUUUAACAUUAACGACCGAAUCGCGAAAUUAAAAUGAAAUUUUUGGCGGGUUUUGCUAGAUCGAAGUUAAGUUCAGGUUUAGUUUCAGAGCAAAAUUAACAACACUUGAAAUUUGUUGCGAAUCUUUUUUUUGCGAUAUUUUGUUUAUUUAAAUAGCACGUUUUAACAUAUCAAAGUUCGAAGAAAGUCAGAAAUACUAAUCAGAUUGUUCACUACUACCCCUUAACCAAGGAUAUUAUUUGGUAUUAGGUUUAGUAACUUGGUUUAAACGCUUUUUUUCACUAGCGACCUAACAGCCAAUGGUAAUAGCUAAAAUUUCACGUGAUCAAUCGUGUUUACUCCGUCAAUUCAUCUGACACGCACUGAGUUGUUGCCGCAAAUGCUGGAUGCUUCGAGCACUACGAAUGUUUGAAUUUUUUUAUUAGAUUACAAAGUAUAUAAAAAUGUUUGAUUAAAACAUUUAUAUCUUAGUAUCAUUUAAGAAGUGAUUUUUAAUGCGUUUUAACGAUAUUUCAACGAUGAGUUCCGAUCACACGCAUAGACGAUGGAGUAAUUUACGUAAAGUAUUAGAAAGAACAGGUCCUUUUUGUAGACCGGAUUUUGAACCAUCGCCAGAAACAUUGCAAUUUUUAUUAGACAAUUGCAAGAUUCUCGUCAUUGGCGCCGGUGGUUUAGGAUGCGAAUUACUUAAAGAUUUAGGAUUGAUGGGUUUUAGACAAAUUCAUGUAAUCGAUAUGGACACGAUUGAAUUAUCUAACCUCAAUCGGCAAUUUCUCUUCCGCCAUAAGGAUAUCGGCUCGUCAAAAGCGGAAGUAGCUGCAAAUUUUGUCAAUAGUAGAAUACCAGGGUGCAAUGUUAUACCACAUUGUUGCAAAAUACAGGAUAAAGAUGAAGAAUUUUAUAGACAAUUUCACAUAGUCAUUUGUGGUCUAGACUCGAUCGUUGCAAGAAGAUGGAUCAAUGGAAUGCUGUUGUCUUUAUUAGUUUACGAAAAUGGUGAACUUGAUCGGUCCACUGUAAUACCCAUGAUUGAUGGAGGAACGGAAGGUUUUAAAGGAAAUGCAAGAGUAAUACUACCUGGUCUGUCUGCUUGCGUUGAAUGUACUUUGGAUUUAUAUCCUCCUCAGGUGACAUACCCAUUGUGUACAAUAGCAAAUACUCCACGCCUACCAGAACAUUGUAUAGAGUAUGUGAAAGUAAUUCAAUGGCCAAAAGAAAAUCCAUUUGAUUGUGCGAUAGAUGGAGAUGAUCCUCAGCACAUAAAUUGGAUUUAUGAAAAAUCUAAUGAAAGAGCAGCUCAAUUUGGAAUACAAGGAUUGACAUACAGAUUAGUGCAAGGUGUAGUUAAAAAUAUUAUACCUGCUGUGGCAUCUACAAAUGCUGUCAUUGCUGCAACAUGUGCUACCGAGGCAUUUAAACUAGCUAGCAGUUGUAGUGCUUCGCUAAAUAACUAUAUGGUACUGAAUGAUGUAGAUGGAAUUUAUACUUACACUUAUGAAGCAGAAAAGAAAGAAGAUUGCGUGGCGUGUAGUCAAAUUCCAAAAGAAAUCGAAAUUAGUAAUCCUAAAUUCAAAUUGAAAGACUUGAUAGAGAACUUGUGUGAAAGGCCAGACUUGCAAAUGAAAAAUCCAGGUCUCACGGCGUACAUUGACGGGAAAAAUAAAACGUUGUAUAUGCAAACUGUAACGAGUAUUGAGGAGAGAACUCGUGAGAAUCUAACAAAAACGCUGAUCGAACUCGGGCUUAGACACGGCAGUGAGAUAAAUGUCGCUGACAUUACCACUCCUAAUGCAAUUGUAUUAAAAUUAAAAUUUGUAUAUUGUAAUUCAGAUAUGUGAAAAAUCCUUCAUUUUGUUCAUAAAUUUAUCACUACAAACCAUUAUAUAUAUUUACAGUACUUGUAUUGCUUUUGUGUCAGUUUAAAAAAUAAUGUCGACACGUAUAGUUCAUCAACAUUAUUCUUACCGAAAUAAAAACGAAAAUAUGUUCAA